UGGCUGGGGCUCGGCCGGCGUCACUAUGUCUGCCAUUUUCAAUUUCCAGAGUCUGCUGACCAUCUUCUUGCUGCUUAUAUGUACCUGUGCUUACAUCCGGUCCUUGGCACCCAGCAUCUUGGACAGAAAUAAGACUGGAUUGUUGGGGAUAUUUUGGAAAUGUGCCAGAAUUGGUGAACGAAAAAGUCCAUAUGUCGCAGUGUGCUGUGUAGUGAUGGCCUUCAGCAUCCCUUUCAUACAGUAGCCUGGAAAAAGUAACACUUGAAUUUCCAUCAUAUUUCACUAUAAACAAGGACUUGCCUUCAGAAAUACUGGGAAGAAUGGUUAACCCUUUUAUCUCUGCACAUGGGAUGAGAUAACUUUCCAGAUGCUGUUCUCUAUUUUCAUGUUAUUGGACCAAAGAUCUGUAUAAAUAGUUAAGAUGCAACCAUUUAAUACAGAGUUUGAGCCUGUAACAAUUACCUUCAGUGCUGUUACUCAGUACAACAUUCUGCAAAUGUGCUUCUGUUUUGAAGUAAGGCAGCUUACAGGCACAUUGUAGCAACAGAAUUGGGAAGUGACUCCAUUCUUCCACUGGGACUUGGAAAUGACACAUCUCUACAGAAUGGCUUGGAGAAAAAUUAUUUUCCUGUUGUGGAUUGCAUUUGUAUUACUAAUUUUGCUUUUCACCUGACCAUACUUUUAUCCUUAACCAGAAUACCUCUACUCUUAGGAAAUUCUGCAGUUUAUUUCAGGUUUUUAAAAUAUUUAAAACAAACCAGGCAUUGUGGCAUAUGCCUUUAAUCCCAGUAUUUAGGAGGCCAAGGUCAUAGGAUCAGCAUGAAUUUAAGGCCAGCUUAGAUCUACAGAAUGAGUUCCAGGUCAUCUUGGGCUAGAGUGAGACCCUAUCUCAAAAAACCCAAAAAAGGUUUAAAAUAAGCCUAUGUAGUUCUUAAGCACUAAUAUAAAUGGGAUAAUUUACAAGUAGAGGUGAGAAAAUGUUCAAAUUUAACAUAAGUGUGAGGCUUCCGGUCAGGUGUGAGCACAUGAUUCAUGUGUGACCAGCUACCUGUCAUUCUUUGAAAAAGACAAUGUUGUUAAAAAGAAAAAGCAAAAUUGAACAAUUGUAGAAUGAUGAUUCUAAAUAUUUUUUCCUUACAAUGCCAUGUCUUCUAAAUAGAACAUUUUUUG